AUGCCGGAUUUCGCACUCAUCAGUUCGGGAGCAUUUCACAUACCACCGCUUACCUCCACUUUUGCCACCACACCAUCCCCAUGGCAUAUGUGGCUCCAGGUCCCAGAUCAGCGUUCUUUCCAGAGUAAUUCCCCCAACAUAGCAUUGACCGCUGAUGGAAGUUGUUGGAGAAUACCACAAGCAAGCGGUCACUUGGGAAUUGGGUUCAAGAUCCCGGUGAUCAUUACGCAUCUUUCCAUUGAGCAUCCUCCUUCCCAGUCCAUGGAUGCACCCCGUGAUAUUGUUUUAUGGGGUUUCAUUGAGCAGGCUGACAAUCUCCAGCGCUAUGCAUUUGUUGAUCAGGACAUGGACGAUCAGCCUCCUCAAGAGGUCAUCGAGGAAUCUCGAAAGCAGAACCCCACCGGGUCUUUCAUCAAACUCGCACAUGUGGAAUAUAGCCCAUUCCACAACUUGCAUGUCCAAACAUUUUCUGUGAGUGAAAAUGUUCUUCGGUCAGGUUUUGAUUUCGGUUUGGUUGUGGUUGAGAUACGAGGGAAUUGGGGUGGAGAUGAGACUUGCUUAUACAGAGUGCGGGUUCACGGAAAAGAUAUUCAUACAGGGGUGUAA